GUAGGUAAGAAACUAGACCUAGUUUUGUUUGUGUGCUUGCCAUCUUUUAUUUUGAAGAGAGAGUUUCAUGUUGCGCAUGCGUAGCUGGGGUUAAACUACAACGAGGCGCGGAAGAAAGGAAAUAAAAACAGAACAUGUCCGCAGGCUGAGUCUAGUCCAGAUGGAGUCGGUGCUGAAGAACGUGUCCAGCUCUGUGGAGCUGUUGGCCGUGGCAGCUCACAGCAGUGUGGUGGAGCAUUGGCAGGAACAGACCGUGUCCAGAGCGUUUCAGUGGGCCUCUUACUGUGAACAUCUCCAUUCCAGAUUUCACAGCAACCCCACUGUAAGGGGAACUAUUGAGAAGCAGAUUCAACAGACAAACCAACAUUUACUCUCAGCGUUCCCUGGAUGUACACAGGUGUGCUUCUCUGACCUGUCUCGGUUGCGUCACCUGCUGCUGCAGGGGCUGUUAACUAACCCUAAACUGCCUCUUUCUAUCAUGAAGACACUGUUUGACAGCAAACAUCCAGCAGAGAGAACAUACAGUGAGAACCAGGACGUGCAUGGACUCUGCAACUACAUCGUUCGGUGUAAAUCGGCAUGUAAGGUCCUGCGUCUCCUCACAGACUCCUUAGCUGUUGGUGCAGUUGGUGCUGAUGCUGAGGUGUUAGGAGAGACGCUGAUGGAGAGACUGGAGGCUGUGAUGAGCCAGAGCGGUGACCUGUGUAAGGCAGAGCACUUUUUAGACUCUGUCCUCCAGGGAGGUGAAGGAGCAACACCACAUUUGUGUGUUGUCAUCAGUGCAGCGCUGCUGACGAGGAAGAAGUCCGCGGCAGAAACUGCUUCUCAUGCUGUUCUCCUGGACUGGCUGUUGAAAAGACACAGCACACUGAAGCACAUGGUCACAGAAGCGCCCACUGCACUCAUCACGGACUUGGUCAAAAGGCAUCUGAAAUUUAGAGAUGCGUACUGUAACGUUCUUAAAGAGUGGGCCUCUGACAUGGAGUACAGCCUCAGUGAAGGUGAAUGGACAACACAGACAAAUCCCACAUUGACGUUUCAGAACCUGACACAGCACUUUCUGACCUUGUUCGAGGCUUGUCCCUCAGUCAGAGCUGAGGUUGAAAAAGAGUUGAACAUUUUGAAAAAAUCAGAUGGAGACUUUGAAGUUGGUGGUCUGAGUGUAUGGGGAGACCUUCUCUCAGCAUUGAACCAGUGACAUAUGUAUAUUUAUGUAUUUAUGUAUUCACCCUUUGUUUGUUUGACUUAGAACAAACUGAUUAUUGAAAGCUGUAAAUGUUUUAUCUUCUGUAAUAUUUUAGUAUUUUGACACAUUAAUUGAUUUGUCUAAUGUUGAAUACAAACCACUCCAGUUUGCCAUCCAUCAACACUAGUUCACAAUUUCAGAACUCUAAAAGGGUGAUAUUAAGAAAAUGUUUGUUUAAUCUAAAGUUUUCCAAUGCCAUAUUGGUUACAAAGUCAUUUUUUGGUUAUAAUAAAAAAACUUGAAAAACUG